GCCGGAGAGCAAGUCUGCGUGGCGGCCCCAUACCGCAUCACUGGCAAGUGAAAUCACCUGGUUUCCUUCUCAUUGAUCAGAUCCUCCAGCGAUGCGUUGUUGGCUGCUCGCCACAACUGCGCUAGCGCUCGUGCCACUGCGCCAGAGGAGCCACAGGCCACCCACGCGACGACGAGCGGAACCGCAGCGCUUCCCCUUCGCGAGCCCAUUCCCGUUCGGCCGGCCGACGAAUAGCACGCAAAAUGCAGCGCCGCCGCCGGCCGCUUCCACAAAUGCGAACGGGCCGCAGCUGCCGUUCGCCAGUCCCUUCCCCUUUGGCGGCGCCGACGAGGCGCCGACCGCGAACGGCCAGCGGACGGCGGCGUGGCGCCUCCCCUUCGACGAUUCAAGGGUGGACACGGUCCUGAAGGCGCUGCCCGUCGACGCGGCCCAGCUUUUGCCUGCUUUACAACGGUUCCGGGAGCGCGCCGAGGGCGAUAACUACGAGCUGAUACAACAAGUGAGUAGGCAGGCCGAGCGCGCCCUCUCGGGUGAAAACCCUCUCAAGCUCGCGCAGGGUGUCCUGGGCGGCGCGCUCGCGGAGCGUUUACCGUCGAACGUCGAUCCGCGCUCGAGGGCCUUGGCCGAGAAGCUGCUGCGGGACGUCGACGCCUACCCCGAAGCGGCGUUUCCUUCUGAUUUAGUCCAGACGGUCUCGCUCGACGACGAGCGGCCGUUCCUGGAGGGGGCGACGCUCUGCGCGUCGCUAUCUUCCGCUGUAUAUGCGAACGCGAACGCGAGGGCCGCGCUGCGAAGUCUGGGAAGGGCCCACGUCGCGUCGGGACGGACCCACGACGUCGCCUGGUCAAUUGUGGAUGGCGUGCGCGACGGGAGGCUGGAGCGGCACGUUGUUUUGCGAGGCUUCGACGCGUCCGACGACACGGGCGACAACGUCCUCCUCGUCAAGCGGGUAUUGUGCGCGCGGCCCGUGCCGAUUCCUCUCGAUACGCAAGCGUUUCCUAGGAGUUGGGACGCCGUCGAUAACUAUAGAAGUGACGAGAACGUCCCGGAGGUCGUAGCCCACGCGGGCUUCCUGUUCCUGGCCGAGGCUUUGUUAGAUGAUCUGGCGCCGUACCUAGAUGUAGCUCCAGAGCACAAUCUGAUCUUCACGGGCCAUUCGAUCGGCGGCGCUUUAGCUGGUUUAUGUACCGUGCUAGCAAGAACGAGAGACGACGAUAGAAUUUUAACAAAACCAUCAGCGGUCGUCUUCGCGCCGCUGCCCUGCCUCAAAAGUAGUGAAGACACGGUGCUCGCCGCUCUAGAUUUAGACGAGACGGUGGUGCGAAGCUUCGUCCAGCCCUGGGAUCCUUUAGUGAGAUGGUUCACGGAACAUGACCCUUGCUAUCCGUUGGUGGCCGAUUCGCUCGACGACGACAUUUAUACGCUGUUUGCUUCCGGGCCUCCUCGUGUUCUGAGGAAUGUGGCGCGGGCCAUCUUAGCCGCGGCCGAGGACUGGCCGGCCGUGCGGUCUGUGUACCUACAAGAGGCGAACCAGACGUUCGAUCAUUUGGGAGAGGCGCAUUUACUGAUGCCGGCGCAAGCAGCAAGGUACUUGGCGGAUAGACUUUUUGCAUUAGUUGUGGACGUGCCGGAGACAAUAAUAUUAGUACGGUGCGCCGCGUCCGAUUUACCGGAAGCGCUGGACCACGCGUUCAAGCUCGAGGAGUUCUCUAUAUCAUUGGCGCCAGCGGGCCUGCGGUCCUUCAUCCACCACUUCCACCCCGCCUACUCGGCGCCGCUCGAGGAGCUCGUGUCGCCCAGUGGUGGCGACUAGACUUGACCCGUCCCUACUCGCGAGCUUUCAUCGUGACCGAGGCGCGUCGAUGGCGUGCUGGCGGGUACCGAUGGCGUACUCCACCGCAUCUGUACAACCACGCCAUCGUCGCACGCCAGCCCGACGCGUCCGUGUCUCUCACUCUUCGACGGCGUCGCAACGGCACGUCCACCUUGAGUCCUGGACGCCGUCGAG